UUUAUUUAUUUAUUUUAUUAAUUUAUUUAUUUUCAGGUGCUGUGUUCCCAACCAUUUUAGCUUAACCCAUUACCCAAAGUAGCUCUUGUGGUUAAUUUAUCUUUCAGCGUGUCAUACAAAUCCAUAAUUGAGUAACUAUGAUCCUGUUAACCAUGGCUAUGAGGAUCAUGGAAAUACAUCCACUGCCUUCUCUGUAUUUAGAGCAGAGGAUCAUUAUUGUUUCCCAUAACCCCCUUACAUCAUUUUCAAAACAAAAUAAUUUUGCUCAGAAAUAUCAGGCAGGAUAACAUCAAUCAAUCUUGGUCAUCACCACCCAAGCCUAUUAUUUUGGGUUAUAUAGUUGCUCCACUGUGUUUAACAGGAUUCACUUGUACUGAGUAACCAAAUACAUACUGCGCAUUUGAAAUGCUACCCAUUUCAAGCCCCUUGUCAUAGGAAUAAUAUGCAUUAACCCCAUUCCUUCUCUGGUCAAGAGUAGCCAGGAUCUCCAGUCAGCAUCAGAUUUAAUCCUGAAAAGGCCUCUUACACAGCUACAACUUAACCUAAAUGCUGGAUUAGCAGAAACAUCCGUGGACAAGUCUAGUUUGGGUUCGACCAAUCUUCGAGGCUAUUUCAGGCCUAAUCGUUUGCUUAGAAGGACCGCUAACUGCAUGUGGUCCGGAAACGGCUGAGGACGCGCUGCACGAGGCAGCAAACCGCUCCCGGGCGCUGACGGCCGGGCAGCACCGAAAUGCAAGAGCCUCGUCCGUCCUCCCAGAAUAGGUCCCCUUGGGCCUCGCGUGCCCACGCCACGAGCGACGAACGCCUUCUCACGUUCUCUAUCCCGGAGGAACAAGCGUCACAGAACCUUCCUCGCAGCCCUAAGCGGCAAGGGCCGUCCGCGCACCCAGCAGCGUCGCUCCGUAAAGAGGCUCGGCGGAGGCGCCUUCCCGUUUUUCGGAGGCGGAGGCGCCUGGUCAGGACGACGGCCGUUUAUUUGUGCAGCCGCCCCAGCUCCCUCCGGCGAAGAAAGGCGCGGGGGGAGUCAGCGAGGAAAGAAGGAGCGGCUGCAACACGGCAGCUCCAUUUCAAGCGGAGGCGCGGGAGCCCGGCCGUCACGUGACGCGAUUCCUGGAAAGUUCUUGGAAAGCGGCCUUUGCAUUUUCACAGUUCCUGGAGUUGCGAGCAAACAAGCCGCGGGGAGAGGAAACGGCCGGGCACCCCGAAGCAGCGUCGAGAUCGCUCGCAGUGUGUUCGGGGAGGGGGGCAAGCGGAGGAGGGGGCCAGAUAUCUCCCUGUAAGCACGAGAAACCUGCCUCUUCCCCCACCCCCGCACUGAGCAGUAGUUUGCUCAGCCUACCUCAAAUGGGAAAGGAGGAAAGACGGGGGCAAUGCCUGCCUCGCCAUUAUUAAUCCCAGUCAUGACACACGCGCCCGCGUCACCCCACUUUCUGAGUUGUUUCGGUAUCGGCGCGCGCCAGGCAGAAAUCUCUCCCGCCAGCCACGGCUCCUCGCUCUUGUUUGCUUGGCGUCCACGCGUCACAUGAAUAUUUCCUGCCCCGGGUUGUAGGAGAAGCUCUCGCGGAGCACAACCUGAGCUCGCCAGCAAGGCGCCCAGCCGCCCCCCCGCCGGCCCUCUCGCCCUCAAGCAGCUGAUGCAGCGCUUGCCCUUCUCGUUGGCUCUUCCUUCUCUCCUCUCUCUCUCUCCUUGCUCUGCAACAAAAGCAGGGCUGAUCGCCGCAGCGAGCCUCCCCACGGCCUCUCCGUUUAAAAAGCGCCGCGCUAAAGAGACCAGCAUCCCGUCCUUUUGGGUUCUGCCGCGCUCGCUGGCGAGGCCGAAGGUAAGAGUUGGGCUGAGUGCACACGACUCUUCGCCCCAGGGCUGCCCACCGAUUAUUUCCUAGACAGCAGCCACUCUGCGUGCACGGGAAGGGAGGAGGAAGGCGUGCACCUUGGAGGUAGCCUGUAAGCCAGCCUUGAAAUCCCUGGCCAGGUGAGGCGCUUUCCCGGCGGGAGCUGUUCCCCCGCGUGGGCAAUGGGGAAGUCAGGGCAAUAGAGAGGAGGCAGAGAAAAGCGGGCGCCCUUCACCCCCACCCCCGGCAAUAAACAGGCUCUCCUUGCCGAGGGAUGCUCUGUCAGGAAGCGUUCGGAGCGGCGGAUUUCGACGGGCCCCGGUUCUUCUCUCCUCUCCUCUCUUGCAGAGCUCCAGGUUGCUGCGGGCGGGAGUCAGAUGGGCCGGGACGGCCGCCAGGACCUCCGUUAAGGGCACGGUGCUCCGUGCUGUCCUCCUCACGCGGUGGUCUGCUCCCAAAUGACCCUGCGCUCGGCCGAAUCCUCGGAUGGCACCGACAGGACUGGGCCCCAGUGGGAGGCUGGAGGAGCCGCGGCGGAGCCUGCUGAAAGAGAGCGUCUGGCCUCUGCCAUGCGGGAGUUGAGAUGCGCGGGAUGGUAUUGGGGAAACAUGAGUGUUGCAGAAGCAAAGGAAAGAUUACAAGAUACAUCUGAAGGGACUUUCUUGGUCAGAGACAGCUCUCAUUCAGAGUAUUUGCUUACUAUUUCAGUCAAAACCUCAGCAGGUCCCACCAACUUACGAAUAGAAUUUCAAGGUGGUAAAUUCCGUCUAGAUUCUGUUAUCUGUAUCCGAUCAAGACUCCAGCAGUUUGACAGUGUGGUUCACCUGAUUGAAUAUUAUGUCCUUAUGUGCAAAGAUAGAAGAAUGGUCUCUGAAAUACCUUCCAAUGGAACAGUCCAUCUUUAUUUGAAUAAACCUCUCUAUCAUUCAACUCUAUCGCUACAGCACCAGUGUAGAGUAGCGAUAAACAGAUACACAAAUGAAAUCCAGGAACUUCCUUUACCAACAAGACUGAAAGAAUUCUUAAAAGAAUAUCGAUAUCAGGUAUAAGUAUCUACUCAGCCUCAUUUUCAGAAAACAGAUCCUGAAUACAAUUUGUAAGAAAUCAAAAUCUUCAGCUGCGUGAAAAUAUUGUGUGGGUCACUGUGAAAAUAGUAAUGGUAUGUUAUUAUGUAUGUAUGUGUAUUUAAGGGGGGGGGACUUGGAUUUAGUGUUCCACUGUCGAAACUUUGGUGCUUCUCCAGGAAGGCCUUUAUUUAAAGGUCACUUUGAGAAAAGAAGCUGAGGGAAAAUGUGUUGCAGUGAGAACAAGGGCAUACAAGAGGAGGGUUUGCUGUUCUUCAGCAUCUAUGCACUCAGUCUGUUCCUAACAUAGAUGAGGCAGGCCUGCAUCAUUAUGGGUCUGCCACUUGAAUGGUUCUCUUACAGAAAGCCAGCCUGUGAAAUAUUACUAAUUCCCAAUUGAAAUGAUGUGGCUGCCCUUAAAAAUAACUUCUGAAUAAUGUGGGCCAGUCAGUGAUACCACAGGUACUUUAAAGUUAUCCAUGGUCCUCGUUCAGAGAGCAUAUUACAGUCAUCAGUAUUGAAAGAUUAAGGAAGAUUCACUGAUUCCUAGUGACCAUUUAUAGUUGGAAUGCUCCCCUCACAUCAGAAGGGCUAAGGGGAGGGGUAGGUACCUGGAUUUCAUGCACCAAAUGGCUAACAGUUCUGCAUUUAAGUCACUCUACGCUUUUUAUGAAGUUACAAAGGGAACAUAUUUUGGGCAAUAAAUUUCCAGCUAGCAUAAAAGAUUGGCAUAGAAGAGGCUGGUGAGAUUCAAUGUCUGAUAUUAGAUGAGUCUGAUGCUCAUUAUGUAUUUUGCACAUUAUUAAUUAUAAUUUACAAAUUAAUAAAUAGCAAGCUUUUAUUUCCCAAUUUUAUAGCACCUGAGUGUUUUCUUAUUAAAAACUUAUCUAGCAGUUCUUCCUGCUUAUGAAUACUACGUGAAACCUUUUAUUUAUUUAUUUUUGUGCCCUCAAGUCAGUGUUGACUCCCAGCAACUGCCUGGACA